UCCGGUGCAGCAGGAGGAGCGGCGGCGGGGGAGGGGGCUCCAUGGUGACAGCGCAGGUUUUCAGUGCUCCUGGCCUUCCUGGAUCACCUGUCUGUCAAAUCUCUCCAGCCACCGUACUGUCAUCAUGUCCAAGUUAAAGAGUUCUGAAUCCGUCAGGGUGGUGGUGCGGUGCCGGCCAAUGAAUGGGAAAGAGAAGGCAGCUUCAUAUGAUAAAGUUGUUGAUGUGGAUGUCAAGUUAGGGCAGGUAUCUGUGAAGAAUCCCAGGGGAACAUCUCAUGAGCUGCCUAAAACCUUCACCUUUGAUGCUGUCUAUGACUGGAAUUCCAAGCAGUUUGAACUUUAUGAUGAGACCUUUAGACCUCUGGUGGAUUCUGUCCUGCAAGGGUUCAACGGGACUAUCUUUGCCUAUGGGCAGACUGGGACAGGAAAAACAUAUACAAUGGAAGGAGUGCGUGGUGAUCCUGAAAAAAGAGGGGUCAUCCCCAAUUCGUUUGACCACAUCUUCACCCACAUCUCUCGAUCUCAGAACCAGCAGUAUUUGGUUAGAGCUUCUUAUCUGGAAAUAUACCAAGAAGAAAUCAGAGAUUUGCUAUCAAAGGAUCAGUCCAAGAGGCUGGAACUGAAAGAGAGACCAGACACUGGGGUGUAUGUGAAGGACUUGUCAUCUUUUGUCACAAAGAGUGUCAAGGAGAUCGAGCACGUCAUGAAUGUGGGGAACCAAAACCGCUCAGUUGGUGCUACCAACAUGAAUGAGCAUAGCUCUCGUUCCCAUGCCAUUUUUGUGAUCACUAUUGAGUGCAGCGAGGUGGGACUUGAUGGAGAGAAUCACAUCCGUGUAGGAAAACUCAACCUUGUGGACCUUGCAGGCAGUGAACGCCAGGCCAAGACUGGAGCACAGGGGGAAAGGUUGAAGGAAGCUACCAAGAUUAACCUCUCCCUUUCAGCUUUGGGCAAUGUUAUAUCUGCCCUAGUAGAUGGUAAAAGCACUCACAUUCCAUACCGGGACUCAAAACUAACUAGGCUACUUCAGGACUCACUAGGUGGCAAUGCUAAGACUGUGAUGGUGGCCAAUAUAGGCCCUGCCUCUUACAAUGUAGAAGAAACUCUUACUACCCUGCGAUAUGCCAACCGUGCCAAAAACAUCAAGAACAAACCAAGAGUUAAUGAGGAUCCUAAGGAUGCACUGCUACGAGAAUUCCAGGAAGAAAUCGCUCGGCUCAAGGCACAAUUGGAAAAACGGUCUGUUGGCAAAAGAAAGAGGAGAGAAAGGAGAAGAGAUGGUGGGGAAGAGGAAGAGGAGGAUGGAGAAGAGGGUGAUGAAGGGGAUGACAAAGAUGAUUACUGGAGGGAGCAGCAGGAAAAGCUGGAAAUUGAGAAGAAAGCUAUUGUAGAGGAUCACAGCUUGGUGGCAGAAGAAAAGAUGAGGUUGCUAACGGAGAAGGAGAAGAAGAUGGAGGAUCUGAAGCGAGAGAAGGAAGCAGCAGAAAUGCUGGGUGCCAAAAUCAAGGCAAUGGAAAGCAAGCUCCUUGUUGGAGGGAAAAACAUUGUGGAUCACACAAAUGAACAGCAGAAAAUCUUGGAGCAGAAACGUCAGGAAAUUGCAGAACAGAAACGUCGGGAGCGAGAAAUCCAGCAACAAAUGGAAAGUCGGGAUGAGGAAACAUUGGAGCUGAAAGAGACCUAUAGUUCCCUACAGCAAGAGGUGGACAUCAAAACCAAAAAACUCAAAAAGCUAUUUUCCAAGCUGCAAGCUGUGAAGGCAGAGAUCCACGACCUCCAGGAGGAGCACAUCAAGGAGCGUCAAGAACUGGAACAGACCCAGAAUGAGCUUACCAGGGAGUUAAAGCUAAAGCACCUGAUUAUUGAAAACUUUAUUCCCCUGGAGGAAAAGAACAAGAUCAUGAAUAGAUCUUUCUUUGAUGAAGAGGAAGACCAGUGGAAACUGCAUCCCAUAACCCGGCUGGAUAACCAGCAGAUGAUGAAAAGGCCAGUGUCAGCAGUGGGAUACAAGAGGCCUUUGAGUCAGCAUGCCAGGAUGUCCAUGAUGAUUCGUCCAGAGGCCCGGUACAGGGCAGAAAACAUUGUGUUACUGGAGCUAGAUAUGCCUAGCCGAACAACCAGAGACUACGAGGGCCCAGCCAUUGCUCCGAAAGUGCAGGCUGCUCUAGAAGCAGCUCUGCAGGAUGAAGAUGAGAUACAGGUGGAUGCCUCCACUUUUGAGAGCAUGUCAAAUAAAAAAUCAAAAUCCAGCCCCCUUGCUGCACUGGGCUCUCUUGCUGUUGGGCAACAGGAAAGAGUUGAAAGUCAUCUCAACAGAAUCAACUCUCCAGAACCUCAGGAUGAAAACUUAGUGAGGUUAAAAAGUGGAGGGCGUAUCCAAACUUGACUAGGUGCAGUGUUUUCCUCUUUCUAUUGAAAGAAUGGCAUCUUCAUUUGGGGUUAGAGUUGGGUUGAACAACCCUGAGACGGGCAGGAUUGGAGAUCUGUUUCCAUGCACUUCACAGCUAGACCUCUCCGCUUCCCUUUAGAAAUGUAGAACAAGAGAGGAUCUUGGAAGUAUAUUUUGCUCCUGUAGAAUGGAAGCAAUAGAAACUGAAGUCUCUAUCUGUUUACAGACAUCAGUAAGAGCUCUUCUAAACUGACCUGCUAAAGACUCAACCCCUACUGGCAGGGACCACCUUGUCAAAGAAUAAGUCUGCAUACCAGUGCCAGCUCCAUACUAGCACUCUUCUCCAUCCCACACCUGGCAUUUUAGACCAGCGUCCAUACUGAAUAUCUAAAGCCUACAGCGUGUAUGGCCAUUUUCUCAGAUCUUCCACCAUUUGUAGGAAAUGUAGAUCUAGCUUGGUGCUAGGUCUCUGCCAGGAGGCACACAUGGCCGGUUCUGCCAUUCCCUAUGACGUGGAUGGAAUCUGGAGCACUAUGAGGCAAAGCCAUAUUAGACUGCACUUUUCCGAUAAGUAUGCAAUCUUUCCCUUGAUGUUAUGAGGCGCUUCAGUGCAGGAGGUGCCUUUUGUGUCUCAUCGUGCUCCAAGAACAUUCCCUUUUCAGUCUUAAGCUUUCCUGAAUACAGUGAGGCUAGGUGGGAAUGAGGGCCAUGUGUAAUCACCAGUCUGGGGUUGCAAGGAAAUCUGAUAUAAAUCCCAAGGAUGGUACACUGAAAUUGAAAGGGGAAGAACUCCUGCUUUAGAUGGUGUCUUUUCAAAGUUUGCCCUAUGACUAAUAUCACAGGCCUGCAUGGUCCAGUGGGGAGAGGGGAGCUGCUGUAUUGGAUGGGCUCAGAAGACAGAGGAAGGUGUUCCUGUCUUGCGUCUCACUGUUCAGCUUGUAACUUUUAGUUCCUUGUAUAUUGAAAGUUGGGAUAUUUUUUUUUUUCUUGAUUGUUGUCAACUGUUGUCCUGUGAUUGUUUUUACCCAUUACCUUUCCCUUGCAGAUGACCUCUCCCUAGACUGACCAGUGUAUGAGAACUUGCCUGUUUUUAGAAAUACUCUAAUGUAGGGACUCUACUUUAUGUUCUUGUGAAGUAUCCAUUGACUGACUCUGUCCAGUCUGGAAAAACUCCAUUGUCUCUGACCGCCAUGAGCAGAAGGAACACAACAGUUCUAGCAUAAAGCUCUCCUCUGCAUCUUGCUGGCAUGGUGCCUUGGUGAGUCAGCUGCUCAGGUGGACGUGGGUUAAGGUCUAACCCAGCUGCUUUGAUUCAAGGAGUAGAUUUCUGGAUGAGGACCAGAUGAAUAUUUUUUUAAAUGUUGAUGCGGGGAGGAGAGUUUUGCCUAUGGGUGAGGGAGGAGCCAUCUGCUCAUUUUCUGCUAACCUAAUAAUGGAAGCCUGGCAUAACCUUCCUUUUUAUAAACCACUGUUUCUGUACAAAAACCCUUUUAAUUCCUCUCUUGUGGUAUAAAACAGAGCGUCAACGGUUCCCCCUUCCCCCCCCGGUAUAUAAUCUUGUUUACUUCAUCAUUGAAAAGAGGAUUGUAUGGUUUACGUAUUCAGAGAAUUGAAAUGAGAUGAAGUGACUGUAUAACCUGAGACGGUGAUAUAUACAUGAUAUAUCUGUGCCUCUUCACUCUCCACUAGUCCAUUGGGUUUCUGUAUGAAAUUUGUAAGAUUUCCCAUGUGGCAGGAAUAAGUACAUUGGAAAUCACAGCCCAAACCCAGACUGUUCUGCUUUUACUGUUUAAUAUGCUAGAAUGGCUAUACCUCCGAAAGCCCUGUUUUAUAAAUGUGUAUAAGUUAGGGUGAGAGAAAGGGAAUGGGGUAGGCAAAGUAUAAAAUUGACUUUUAGUUACCUUUACCCACCGCUCCAUUUUAAACAGUACGUCCAGUGAAUAAGGGAUAAUAAGCAAAUCUCAGGGCAACAGCAGCUUUCAGCUUCUCACUCUGAUUGUGCUUCCCCUUUAGAUCCAUAGGGUACGUCUACACUGCAAUUAAAAAUUUGUAGCUGGCCUGGGACAAUCAACCUGGGCUUGUGGAGCUCAGGCUCAGGGGCUAUUUAAUUGUGGGGUAGACAUUUGGGCUUCGGCUGGAGCCUGGGCUCCAGGACCCUGCAAGGUCCCAGAGCUCAAGCUGGAGUCCAAGCCCAAACAUCUACGCCACAAUUAAACAGCCCCUGAGCCCUGUGAGCCCAAGUCAGCUGGCACAGGCCAGCCAUGGGUAUCUAAUUGCAGUGCAGACAUUUUGUGGCAGCGACAUUGGGAUGAAAUUAAUGCAUUUGUCUUAAGUUGUCCAACGUUAGUGAAGUUCUGGAUCGACAUGUCUAACAAGUGAUCCUGCCAGGCGUGUGCCUCUCUGCUGCAUGUGGGUAUGAUCUGAACCAUCUGGGCUUCCUGCAGGCGAACAGCCAAAGACAGGAAAUCCACCAAGUUCCUGGAAGAGGCCCUGGGAGAAUGUGCACAAUCAUUCUCUUCAGAGGACUGUUUAAAAUCCUCCUCCUCUUUGCUCUGCUCUGUAUAAUUGGAUACAAUUUUAUUUUUCAAGUUACGUGCAGUAAAGAUAGCUUUUCUGUUCCAGAGUCAAAUCCCACACGAAACCGAACACAUAGGAAUUACAGCACUUAAAAUUCUUAAUAUAGGUCUGAUCGCCCUUUGUUGAAAGGUUUGCAUGCUGCUUGAAUCUUAUAGAACAUAUACCUCUGUGAUGACCUUUUGAACUGUAACGAUGCAUUAUACAGACUUUUGGGUUAAUACAGAACUCUCUAGUUGUAGUCCUUCCUCACUGUGUCUAGAGUCAUUGCCAAGUUUCAGAGAAGCAUUGAUUCCUGUAAAUCUGGAUAUUUUAUCUGUCCUGUCUUUUAAUUUCUGAUAUCUGACCAUUCAACCAGGCCUUAAAAGGGGAAGAAGUGAUUCUUGUGGCUUUCUUUCUACAGUGUUAAACACAUAGACAAAUGAGAAAAACAUAUGUGCACAAUGCAAAAGCCAUAAUCAGAUGCUUAGUUGGAACUGAACAAGAACAGUGUUCUGCACCGUGCAGUGGUCAUUUAGCUCCCUAUGAUCUAGGCACUUACUACCUUACCCUCCUCAGCCCGAUUUCUCUUGUUUCUGGAAUGAAGUGCCCAAGGGUGCUUGUGGGCACAACUGUCUUUGUGAGAUUUCACUCCUUGGUCUUACACUGAUCUUGACCUUUUCUUUGGUGACCUGUAGACAAAGAACAUCUCUAGUUCUGUCAAUAGGUUUUACAACUUAUAUUUAUUUGUAUCAUCUCUUUUGGCUAGGAAUGUAAAAGUGAUCCUAAAAUAAGAUGUGUAAUAAAAUCAAUCAGAUUUAUUGUAUCUA